AUGGCUGCUCCGUCUACCAGCGCCACGGUGGCUCUUCGCAGCAAGGGCAACGCCUUCUACGCCAGUGCUUUCACCGACGGCAUCGACCCGCUUCUGAGGCGCAGCCGCCUCAACAUCGCUCUCUCCAAGUACCGUGAGGCGCUGCGCCGCCACGUGGCAGAAUCUCAGCCGUCUGCAGAUGAGCUAUCCUCUUUGUGGAAGAACGUAGCUAUGGUUUCAUCCGCCCUGGCAGCUUGUCAUGCAGAUGCUUAUAAGGCGUACAAGCCCCCUGUGAUGGACGCUGCUUCAUCGGAACGGGUCAUGGUGAGAGCCAUGCGCCGAGCCAUAGAGGACAAUGAGUGGGAUUAUAAGCAAAUCGAGGAGCACUAUAAGGAGGCCAUAAAAGCAUUCUGCCUGGCCCUUCUUUUCGGCAGUUGCGAGGCACGGAAUACGAAUACUGUCAACAAUCGUUCCCCAAAAGCUGGUGCAGCCGCUGCUGCCAGCUACAGGGCAGCAAAGAGCGGCGCUGCGGGAUCCUCAAGGGGCGGCGGCAGCCGUCCAGCCCGCAGCGCCCCAGCCAAACCGGAAGAGUGGCAGCAGAAGGUUCUGGGAUCCUUCACCGACAUGAUUUUCCUGAUCAUGGCGUUCGCUCAUGCUGCUAGCAGCAGCAGUGGCGGCGGUGGCAGCAGUGAGAUGCAGCCAUGGCGCCGAGAUAGCAGCGUUCCUGGCCCCGCAGCAUAUGCAGCAUCUGCAGCAGGUGCCGGUGUGCGGGAUAAUGGAGAGAGGUUGCUGUGGGUGCUGAUGGGUGCGUUUGGUGAGAUGCGCGCACGGGACAGCUGGAAGGAGCACCUUGGGGAUAAGGACCCCAACUCAGUUAAUUGGACAGCAACCUCCACACGCCACGUGGAGGCCUUUGCAGCCUUCCACGUGGCAUUCUCUCAGUUCCUCCUGGACAAGGGCCAAUCGCUGCUCACCAUCAACCUCGCCCGCUGCUCGCACUCCCCCUCGCCAACCUCUGCGGAGGGGAUAAGGGCUGGGGUCAAUGGUAUCACUCUGGGAAUAGGGAGGAAGGGGCCGGCACGGCUUGUGGUGCAGAGGGAGAGCGCGCGGUGCUUUGCAGAGUGUGAGCGGCCGCUGCGCCUGCUGGACGAUGCUCUCAUGACGCUUGAGAGAAAUGUGGCGGGCAGGUCGUGUGGUAACCAGUCAGUAACACAAGCUACUCUCACGGCCCUGCGCAUUCAAGCUACGGACCUGCAGACCACCCGCUUUACCGGCAGCUGUUUGUGUGAGUCGGUCGAAACUCUAGUCCGUGCGAUGGCCCUCUGUGCACGAGCAGCAACAGCAACAUCAGCAGCAGCAGCGGGAGGGAGGAGCGCAAAUGGCGGUGGUUUGGACAGCAGAGCUGCUGCUGACGUGGCGCUGCUGUGGGCGGCAGUGGAUGGAUUCAAGGAGGCGGUGGUGCUGACGAGGGAGCGCCACGUGGACAUGGAAGCGUAUGCGCUGAGCUGGCUGGGGCAUGUGUAUGACGUGGCACUGCAGCUCGUGCUCUCGGCAUUGCAAUCCCACCGCACCCUCGCUCUCUCCCCCUGGUAUUCCGCCUCCGUACGAGCAAUCGACCGCCACCAGGCCAAGGUGCGGCGGCAGGAGGAGCAGCGGCGCGAGCAGGAGCGCGGACCUCUGCUGGCAAAGCUGAAACUGGAGCUUGAAACUCUCUCAAAGAUGAGUGAGAGCGGGUGGAAGCAGCUUCUGACUCAUGUGUACAGCAAGUAUCCGCCCAAGAAUGGGAAUGGGAAUUACAAGUGUCCAUCGUUGAAUGUGGAUGAUGCUAAGGUGUCACUGCGGACCGCCAUUCUGCAUUACCAUCCGGAUAAGAACGGCGAGCAUGGCGACAGGUGGAAGAUUCUGUGCGAGGAAGUCACCAAAUGUCUCAACUCCAAGUAUGCUGUCUUCACCUGUGCAUGA